AUGCGCGGCGGUCGACUCGCAACGACUCUAACAUCCACUCUACUCGGUGUAUGCAGUCUUGUACAAGCAGACUACGGCCCCUACCACCAAUCCGGGGACUACGAUGAAGGGAAAUUCGGCGCCUGGCCGACAGAGACGUAUCGAUCUACGCCUAUCAUCGGGCCGACGCUCAACUAUCUGGAGUCCAGCACGCAAUGCAAGGAUGGGCAGUUCACGCUGAUUUCGCCGCGCGGUGACGGCGUCGCGACCCCGGGACCGAUGAUCGUUGACCAGGAUGGCCAUCUCGUCUGGACGAAGGAUUACGGGAAGACGUAUAAUCUGAACGUCUACCGCUAUCGGGGCCAGGAUUAUUUGACCUUCUGGACGGGGAAUGAUGGGAUUACGGGGCAUGGGGAUGGAACUUAUUAUAUGCUCGACUCCAACUACCAAGAAGCGUACAAGAUCCGCGGCGCCAACGGCCUACCUGCAGACCUACAUGAAUUCCACAUCACGCAGAACGAGACGGCCGUCUUCACCAUCUACGAAAAACGGUCAGCCGACCUGCGUUCCGUCGAAGACGGUCCCCAAGACGGGUGGAUCUACGACGGCACGUUCCAAGAAGUCGACAUCGAGACCGGCGAGCUACUCUUCCAAUGGAGUGCCUCCGACCACUUCUCCUUCGCGGAGAUGUUCCGUGGCCGCGAAGGCAAUGGCGAGUCGGAGUCCCGGCCCUGGGACUUCUUUCACAUCAACAGCAUCGACAAGGACGAAGUGGGCAACUUCCUCAUCUCCUCCCGCUACGCAAACUGUCUCGCCUAUAUCGAUGGCCAGUCGGGCUCUGUCCUUUGGCGUCUCGGCGGCGCCAAUAACUCCUUUACGGAUCUCUCGCCCUCCCAAUCGGCUACCAACAUCACCUGGCAGCAUCAUGCGCGGUUUCAACCCACCCAUUCCAAAUCCAACUCCACCACCAUCACACCCAACAGUAACACUACCACCUCCCUUACUGUCUUCGACAACGCCUCGCGCGGCUUCGGCGCCCCAACUCUCACCAGCCGCGGCCUCUACCUGGACCUCGACACCGUGUCCAUGACAGUAUCUAUCCGCCACGAAUACUGGAACCCUCACCCAAUCAGCAGUCAAUCGCAAGGGUCCGUACAAAUCUUAGACUCAGGAAACGUACUCCUCGGCUACGGCUUCAACGCCGCGUGGACAGAAUACAAUAUCCACGGCGACGUGCUCUGCCACGUGCACUUCGGCCCCGAGAUCGGGUUCGGUCACGGCGAGGUCAUCUCGUACCGCGUCUUCAAACAUCCCUGGGUCGGGAUGCCGCUAACGCGACCCGAUCUGGCCGUGUAUGCCUACGAAGCGGCGGUGAGUUGGAAUGGCGCGACGGAGGUCGCGACGUGGGUGUUACAGGGCUUGUCGCCCUCCUCAUCUUCCGAUGAUGAUGACGACAACGAAGAUGACAAGGAGGAAGAAAUCGACAUCAAAGCCCUCAAUCUAGCCAUCAGCGCCGCGGACUCCGAAUCCACCAACCCGAACGAAUCGCUCACCUCAUCCGCCUUCAACUUCCUCGCUGCGGUGCCAAAAUCGGGUUUCGAAACCAUCAUACCGAUCCCGCUGCACAUGGAAAAACAAGCCCUCAGGGUCGUCGCCCUCAACGCGACAGGCCACGUACUAGGCACGACGCUGCUCGUGGCCUGGGAUCCGGCCAGCAACGAAGCGGGUGUGACGUAUGGGGUUGAAGAGAGCGGUGUGGUAUUGACGCCGGCGAUGCGGUCGUUCGUGUUCUGGGUGGUUGGGUUUGUGUCGGCGGUUUUGCUUCUGGUGUUGGUGCUUGUGGUGCAGCGGUUUUUUGGGGAUACGGUGAGUAAAGUGCCCGGGAUGAGUUGGGUCGGUGGGAUUGUUGGACGGUGUUUGGAAAGGGAUAGGGAGGGGUAUGAGUCUGCCAAGAGAGAUCGGGAAAGAGGGAAUUGGAUUCCGGUCGAUAAUGAUGGGUUUAAUGGGGACGAGGAGGAUCUGAGUGAUGGGGAGCUUAGUGAUGGGAUUGAGUUCUCGUUGUUGGGGAAUCCGAGGCUUGCGUCGUAUGAGGGCGUGGCGGGGAGGGAUCGGUUUGUGGAUGGGUGA